UAGUUAAAAACUCCCAGCCGCGCACGCUGCCACGCUUCUCCCAGUUCCCACCACCAGCAGCAGGCAAGCCACACCAACCCACCACUACCGCCACCUUCUCCACCGCCACAGCCAAGUAGACACCGCCCACGCGAUGUCCGCCGCCGCAGCGGACGCCGGCGGCACCGGCGACAGCGCCUGCUCCACGCCCUUCGUCAGCGCGCCGUCCAGCCCCACCCGGGACCGCGACGCCUACCUGCCCCACCACGCCGCCUGCUUCUACAGCGCCCCGGCCAGCCCCACCCGCGGGGGCGCCAAGGACUUCGGCGCCGCCGCCGGCCUCCUCGACUUCGACUUCGACUUCUCGUCGCGGUUCCCGUCGCCCUCCGCCGCCGCCAUGUCGUCCGCCGACGAGCUCUUCUGCAACGGCCAGAUCCGCCCCGUCCGCCUCGCCGCCGCGCUGCUCCAGCCGCAGCAGCCCCACGGGGGCGCCAAAGCGGCGCCCGGCGCCGCGGAGGAGGAGGAGGAGGAGGACGGCGGCGGCGGCAUCGGCGCCGUGCCCGACGAGCGCGGGCGCGUCCGGGGCCGCUCCGUGCGCCGGAAGGCGCGGUCCAUGUCCCCGUUCCGCACGCACUGGAGGAGGUCGCCGGCCCCAGCGCCUCAGGCGCCCGCGCCGGAGAACGAGCCCGCUGCCGACGAGGAGCAGGCGGCCGCGGUGACCCCCGCGGCGUCGCGCUCGUCGUCCUCCUCGUCCACCGCGUCCUCCGCCUCGUCGGCCUCGUCCUCGUCCUCCUCCAGGGGCUCCCGCCGCUGGGGCGGGUUCCUCAAGGACCUCCUCCACCGCAGCAAGUCCGACGGCGGCAAGACCCACCACCACUCGCACCUUCCCACGGGUCCAGUCCCGCCAACAUCGCCGUCCCCAGCCGCGGCUCCGAAGCGGAGCCCGUCGCCCUCGCCGUCUCCGUCGCCGGCGGCGACGACGACGAGGACCUUGGGCCACCGUGGCGGGCGGCGGAGGUCCGCGCACGAGCGGCUGUACGAGGCGCGCCGGGCCGAGGCGGAGGAGAUGAGGCGGCGCACGAACCUGCCGUACCGGCAGGGCUUCCUCCUCUUCGGCUGCAUCGGGCUCGGCCACCGCAGCUACGGCGCCGUCCACGGCCUCGCCCGCGGGCUCAACGCCGCCGCCGCCGUCUCCUCCCGGUCGUGACUCGCGACCGGGCCGUGGCGGCACUGCCCUGCGCUUGGAGCUCCGCCCUGCUCGGCUCACCUGGGGUUGUGAUGUGAUGCGACUCUGCUGCUGGUCGCUGUCACUGUGGAAGUGAUUAGUUGGUUAAUCUAGUGCCAAGAACUGCAAAAAAGAUGCAUAGAAAAGUAGUAGCUAGUAGGAGAUGAUGUUCUUUUGCGUUGCGUUGCGAUCUAUAGCUUCGUGUAAGGAUUUCGGGGUGAUGUCAACCAGCUCGUUCAUCCGGUGGAAAUUAGUUGCUAUCACUGAUUUCUCUGCUUGUUCAUCCGUAACCUGAAAACUCGAAGCCUUCAACAUUUGAUGAACUUCAUGUAGCAUCUCUGAUUGGGCCUUGUUGAGGAAGGAAUACCGAACAAAA